GUUCUUCACAGUCCAGACAGCUGAAGUAAACACUGCAGCAUGAGCCUGUUGUUAUCUUCUCUAAUACUGUUAUAUUCACUGAGCCUCUAGUUCAGUCUUCUUCUCUUCUCUAAUACUAUGAUGUAUGUGAGAACAGACACAAUGGCAGCUUUACGUGCAGCUAAACAAGCUCUGAGAAAAGAGAUAAAGCGACGUGUUGCUGCUGUGACUGACCAAGAGAAACACCGACAGUCUCUAGUAGUUUCACACAAGCUGUUCAAACACCCCAAGUACAUGUCCUGUAAGAGGAUUGCAGUGUUCCUCAGCAUGCAUGAUGAAGUACGCACUGAGGAAAUCAUCAAAGAUGUGUUUAAAGCAGGUAAAAGCUGCUUCAUCCCCAGAUAUGACAGCAAGAGCAGCCACAUGGACAUGUUGAAGCUCAACAGUCUGCACGACAUGGAGACGCUUCCUCUGACAUCCUGGAACAUCCAACAGCCUGCUGACAAUGAUAACAGCAGAGAGGAAGCACUGGCUGGAGGAGGUCUGGACCUGAUCCUGAUGCCAGGUCUAGGUUUUGACAGGUCAGGGAAUCGUCUGGGACGGGGAAAGGGCUUCUAUGACACCUACCUGGAGCGCUGCAUCAAACACCCCAAAGGAAAGCCUUACACCAUCGCCCUGGCCUACAAAGAGCAGCUCUGUCAGGACAUCCCCGUCAAUGAAAACGAUGUGCUCAUAGAUGAAGUCCUGUAUGAGGACAAUGAGUAGCUGCUGGUCAAUGAACUCCUAACUGGCUAUAUUUACAUGCCAAAGCCAGUUAAAGCCGGUUCAGUUAGAUGUUUAGAAAUCCUCUCCUCCUUCUAACCUCAAUGAAUCAUCCAAUCUAUGAAUAUAUGUUCACUUAUCACAUGUCUCCUCCUCCACUGUGAAGUUCAUUCUUAGUGUUUGUACAGUGGCGGCUUCAAGUUACCACAUUACAUUUGUUUAAGUUGCAGACUGGACCAUGAUUGGUUCCAAACUAGCUGUGAUGUCACAAACCAUGCUCCUAAGUAUACACCUUGAACUCAGAGAUUGAAGGUGAAAACAGCCUUUUAGUGCCAAGCACUCAACUGAGGGAACAGUAAGAACCAAAUACAAACAUGUUUGAAGAACUUUAACAAGACACACCUUACCUUUUUUUUGUUCUCCUGCACAGGUUUAGUAAAGUCAUCAUUCAGGGGUGAGCAGGACCUAGCAAAACUCACUGCCUUAGCUUGUGUCUCUGAAAAGGUGUUUGACUUUAAUCUUUAUACAUUGUGAUUCAUCAACAUAAAACAUGCUGAUUUGAAAUAUGAAUUUCUAACAUGAUACAGUCUCUGAAAUAAUCUGUUGCAUGGCAUAAUAUAUUUUAUUAUUCCGAAAAAAAAUAAAAACUGGUGUUAAAAGUCAUAAUGUGGUCCUUUUUUU